AUGACUUCAACCAUCAGAUUUCCUCCCCCUCUGUGCCCAACGUGCAGAUUACAUAUCUAUGCCGGACCAUGCUUUUAUAACGGCAGGGGAGGCGAACUUUUCGAAUUAUCCAGAGGUGUAAUACGAUGCGGAAUUGGAGUUGAUCACCCCCUUCGUGAAGAAAUAAUACAUUAUCAUAGGAAAUGCACAUAUUGUCAGGGUGAGAAGUCAAAAGCAAAAGAGGGAGAUGAGAGAAGGAGGAAAGAUGAGGAGAGAGAGGAAGAAGAGAGAGAGGCGCUAGCGAUGGUGAGAAGAAUAAGACAGAGAGAGAGAGAAUCGAGAGAGGAGAAGGAAAGAGAGGAGAAGGAAAGAGAAAGUUGGAAGGAAUGGAAAUCGGAGAAGAAAAGAGAAAAAGAAAGAGAGGAAAGAAUAAGAAAGGAAAGAGAAAGAAAGGAAAGAGAAAGAAAGGAAAGAGAAAGAGAGGAAAGAGAAAGAGAGGAAAGAGAAAAGAGAGAAAGGGAGAAGGAAAGAGAAAGGAGAGAAAGGGAGAAGGAAAGAGAAAGAGAGGAAAGAGAAAGGAGAGAAAGAGAGAAGGAAAGAGAAAGAGAAAGGGAGAAGAGAAGAGAAAGGAGAGAAAGGGAGAAGGAAAGAGAGAGAGAGGAAAUAGAAAGGAGAGAGCGAGAGAAGGAAAUAGAAAAGAGAGAGCGAGAGAAAGAGAGAAGGAAAGAGAAAGAGAAAGCGAGAAGAGAAGAGAAAGGAGAGAAAGGUAGAAGGAAAGAGAGAGAGAGGAAAUAG